AUGUUCACAUGCUUCUUUAUUCUCAACCACCAUCAUAAUGAAAUCCCUCUCUCCUGCUUAAAAAAACAGAUUCUUAACCUCCUUGAUGCAAGUCAAAUUGCUCACUUCAUUGCCUCUACCACUGGUGUUUAUGUCUCUACCAUCUCUAGACUUCACUCCAAGGAGCGUUCUGAGCCCCAAAAAUCUGUUGGAGGUCAUCCAUCCAAGCUUUCUCCUGCUAAUGUCUGCCAUGCCAUGCAUCUCAUCUCCACUCACAAGGCAGAAAAUGCUGUCCAGAUCACGAAAGCUCUUACCAACAUCAUUAAACAUUAA